UGCCACUUAUUGACUUAAGUCUGAGUGAUUCAGAUCUUCCUCUGGGGUCACCCCUGACAACACGUGGUGGGAGUGAGAGUCACCUCCCGCUUGGGGUGCCACCAGGGCCAGACGCCCCCUGCGAAGCCCCUCCGGCUCCUGAUGUGAUUCCCUGCCCCGCCCUGGGCACUCCGAGCCAUGGCCGACACCAUCUUCGGCAGUGGGAAUGACCAGUGGGUUUGCCCCAAUGAUCGGCAGCUCGCCCUGCGAGCCAAGCUGCAGACGGGCUGGUCUGUGCACACCUACCAGACAGAGAAGCAGAGGAAGAGCCAGUGCCUCAGCCCUGCUGAGGUGGAGGCCAUCUUGCAGGUCAUCCAGAGGGCAGAGCGGCUGGACGUCAUGGAGCAGCAGAGAAUCGGACGGCUGGUGGAGCGGCUGGAGACCAUGAGGCGGAACGUGAUGGGGAAUGGCCUUUCCCAGUGUCUGCUCUGUGGGGAGGUGCUAGGCUUCUUGGGCAGCUCAUCAGUGUUCUGCAAAGACUGCAGGAAGAAAGUCUGCACCAAAUGUGGGAUUGAGGCCUCCCCUGGCCAGAAGCGGCCUCUUUGGCUGUGUAAGAUCUGCAGCGAGCAGAGAGAGGUCUGGAAGAGGUCGGGGGCCUGGUUCUACAAAGGGCUCCCCAAGUACAUCCUGCCGCUGAAGACCCCCGGCCAGGCUGAUGACCCCCACUUCCGACCUCUGCCCAUGGAGCCCACCGAGCAAAAGCCCAGAAGCACUGAGACUAGUCGUGUCUACACGUGGGCCCGAGGAAGAGUGGUUUCCAGUGACAGUGACAGUGACUCAGAUCUCAGCGCCUCUAGCCUGGAGGACAGACUUCUUCUGACAGGGGUCAGGGAGCCCACAGGUGCCAAGCCCUUCGGGGAAGCAGAGCGGGACAUAGAGGAGACCCAGAUGGAUUAGCAGGGGUGAAGGGAGGAUGGCAGAUCUAGCACACCUGCCUGCAUACCUGGAUUCCCCACUAGGCUCCCAGCAAGCAUCCCCAGGAUGAGAUUUUUUUGUCUCGUGAGUGAUAAGAGCUGUGAAUAUCAGGUAGAAAGUGCCUUGGUCUAGCUCGGCUCUGCCGUGAAACCAUGGUGGGGCCCUGAUUAAUACAUAUCUUUACCUCUAGGGCCUCUGUCUCCCAGAGCAUGUGGUCCCCAAAGUGUUUUCUGAGUUUGACCUCUCUGAGCUGGCCUCUAUGACCUUGUCAUAUGAAGGAGAGUUAAUGGAACCUGGAGGCUAGUGCAGAGAAAACCUGGGGCACACUUUUCUUUCCUUUAAACCCACAGAGGGCCUUCCUGGGAAAAGGACCAGGUCAGUUAGAGUUACUCCAGAUGGUAGAAAACUGGGGUAUUUGAAAAACAUUUCAGGGAGGCUGAUUUUAAUGCAUAAGCAGAGAGCUUUAUAAUAACUGUUCCAAACUGAAAGGACAUGCCUCAGGGUGUUGUCCUGGGACCAAGGUGGGGUGAUCUGCCAGUGCCAAUAUGGAGGGAAUUCCCGAUGGGGAUGGCAGUUCAGGCUGGAUCAGAGCUCGCAGAUGCCUGGCAUGCACACUUCCGCUUCCGCUCCUGUGCCCCUGGCAGACAUUACUAGUCGAUCUCAGGACUCUCCCAUAGAGCCUGAUAUGGCCUCAGAAGCCUCCUCAGCACACUGUUCCAAGUGGUCAUUACUGGUAGGUGGAGACCACACAGGAGACGACACUGGUUUCUGGACUAGACCAUCUCUGAGCCCUCUCAGUCUCAAGAGUCUAACUUAGAAGAGUGUGAAGGACACUCACCUGCCAGCCUUGGUUUCUGAGGCAGACUUUAUACGCCCCCGCACCUCCCACGCCCCACAGAUCACUGAACCCUCCCUCAUACCAGCUCUCAGCCAUGACCAAGGGGGUGUGGUAGGUAGGAAGAGAUGGAGCACAGAGUAGUACAGGCCUCACCUCUGUGCUCUCUGCUUGGCCACGAGGUAACAGCUAUACAUAAGGGAAGAGUACUUAGUUAAUAAAGGCAGCAAUUAAUAACACCACUGAGGGGCCCCUGGGGGGUUCAUCAGUUGAGCCUCUGUCUUCCCUCGGCUCAGGUCAUGAUCCCAGAGUCUGAGGAUCGAGUCCCACAUCAGGCUCUCUGCUCAGCAGGGAGCCGCUUCCCCUCUCCCACUGCCCCUCCCCCAACAUGUGUGCUUGCUCUCUCUUGCUCAUGCUCUCUCUCUCUCUCUCAAAUAAAUAAAUAGAGUCUAGAAAAAAACAAAAACAAACACUGGGGGGCACCCGGCUGGGUCAGGCCAUAGAACAUGUGACUCCUGAUCUCAGGGUCAAGUUCAAGCCCCAUGUUGGUGUAGAGACUACUUAAAUAAACAAACAAACUUUUAAAAAAUCCCAUUGAGUUAGUGAAUAUGUAUACCCUUCCCCCUCAAUCGGUGAAGGCAGGAAAAACUCGUCAUUGCUAGUUUUCAUGCUGGUGACUUGUUCCUUGCUGAACCCACCUGAAGGCCUAUGCAGUGACCUUUGUAUAUCCUGGACCAGCCAGUACUGGUCAGAGGGUAGAGUCUCCUGAGAACAUGGCAGCCAUGUGGGGCAGCAGGUAAGGGACUCUGAGCAGACAAUCCCACAGACAUCUAACACAGUUCCAAAUGAGAUGAUUUUAUUUUUUUUUAAUAUUAUUUUUAUUU